UCAUUUUCUCUUCAUAGUAGCUGUACAGGGGCGGUCUGACCAUUUGGAAACUCGGGCACUGGGGCACAGAAGGGGGCCCCAUGAGAUGUCCCUGGUAUCUUUUUCAUAGGAUUUUUUGAGUUUGGGCAAGGACACAGGGGCCCCAUGAUCCCCUAUUGCCCGGGGGCCCCACGAGUUGUCAGUCUGCCCUUGGCUGUGGAAAUGUUCAGUGCCACCCAUCAGUGCUGCCCAUCAGCGGUGCCUAUCAGUGCCCAUCAGUGCCACCUAUGUGUG